AUGCCCAGAGAGAUCAUCACAAUCCAAGCCGGCCAGUGCGGCAACAACGUCGGUAGCCAAUUCUGGCAACAGCUGUGCCAGGAGCACGGAAUCAGCGCAGAUGGAAACCUUGAAGAGCACGCAACUGAUGGGGCAGCUGGUGACCGCAAGGAUGUUUUCUUCUAUCAGGUCCUCAAUGGUAUUCAGACGGGUCCUUACAAAAACAUCUACAAUCCAGAAAACUUCUUCGUCGGACAACAAGGUAUCGGAGCUGGAAACAACUGGGGUACCGGAUAUGCUGCCGGAGAGGGCGUGCAGGAAGAGAUUUUCGAUAUGAUUGACCGAGAAGCGGACGGAAGCGACUCACUAGAGGGCUUUAUGCUUCUACAUUCGAUUGCAGGAGGAACAGGCUCUGGAUUGGGAAGUUUCAUCCUGGAGCGCAUGAACGAUCGAUUCCCGAAGAAACUCAUUCAGACCUACUCCGUCUUCCCUGAUACCCAGUCCGAUGUCGUCGUCAAUCCCUACAACAGUUUGCUUGCUAUGCGGCGACUGACCCAGGACGCCGACUCCGUGGUAGUCCUGGACAAUGGCGCUCUAUCACGAAUCGUCGCGGACCGGCUGCACGUCCAAGAGCCUUCGUUCCAUCAAACCAACCAGCUUGUGUCCACAGUGAUGUCUGCGUCUACGACCACGCUACGAUAUCCCGGAUACAUGCACAACGACCUCGCCGGCAUCAUCGCGUCGCUUAUCCCCACGCCACGCAGCCAUUUCCUCCUCACCUCCUACACCCCCUUCACUGGCGCCAACAUCGAGCAAGCCAGGACAGUGCGUAAGACAACCGUCCUCGACGUCAUGCGUCGCCUUCUACAGCCCAAAAACCGCAUGGUCUCCGUCAACCCCAGCAAGUCCAGCUGCUACAUCAGCAUCCUCAACAUCAUCCAAGGUGAAGCCGACCCGACCGACGUGCACAAGUCUCUGCUGCGCAUUCGGGAGCGCCGUCUCGCCUCUUUCAUUCCAUGGGGCCCUGCUAGCAUUCAGGUGGCUCUUACCAAGAAGUCUCCCUACAUCGAGGAAACCGGGCACCGGGUCAGCGGGCUGAUGCUGGCCAACCACACAUCUGUCGCGACGUUGUUCAAACGCAUUGUGAAGCACUACGACAUGCUUCGCAAGCGCAAUGCAUUCUUGGAUUCAUACAAGAAGGAGGCACCAUUUGCCGACGGACUUGGCGAGUUCGACGAAGCACGGGCGGUUGUGAUGGAUCUGAUCGGCGAGUAUGAGGCAGCGGAACGGGAGGAUUAUCUCGACCCGGACGCCGGCAAGGCAAACGAAGGAGUAUGA